AUGGCUGCCAACGACUACUACCACACAAACAUCCCACAACCUCCUAGCUACGAUCAAGCAGUGCCAGGAAAGCCAGACCAGACCGACCACACCGCCAACACACUACCUGGUAUCGGCUACGCAAGCCACAACCACGAUGAUCCCUCAGCCCCUUAUCACAACCGCGAAAGUCAACAAUCCUUCCUAUCGGACAACGGACAAUAUCAAACAGCGGGCCGGGCGGGCGAAGGGGACCACUACUCGGAGAAUAUCCCGCUGAAGGCCAACACACAAUAUGGAAACAACCCGGAUUGGAUGCGCCAACAAACUCAGUACCCUCCGUCACCAGGUGGUCUUGAAGAUAGUCGCCAACGCGACAGCCGAAAGAAGAAGGGAUUUUUCAGCAAGAAGAUUGCCUGGGUUACAUACCUCUUGACGUUAGCCCAGAUCAUUGUGUUUAUUGUCGAACUGGUCAAGAAUGCCCAGUUAACAGGUUCGGUCAUUGAGACCAAGCCCAAUUUCAACCCGAUGAUCGGUCCCUCGCCAUAUGUCCAAAUUUAUAUGGGAGCGCGAUACGACCCGUGCAUGAAGAACGUUGAGGGAAUCCAGAACGCCAAUACAACUAUUGGAUGGCCUUGCCCAAACACGACCUCCACGACGACUGGUCAGGAUUGCUCAUUGUCGGAUCUGUGUGCUUUUGGUGGUGUUCCCAACCCCGUGGCCAAUGGGUCAACCGAUGAUCAACCCGCUCCCAACCAGUGGUACCGAUUCAUCAUCCCUAUCUUCCUACACGGUGGAUUCAUCCACAUUGGUUUCAACCUGCUGGUUCAGAUGACUAUGGGCGCAGACAUGGAGCGCAUGAUUGGUAUCUGGCGUUACACCUUGACAUACUUCGCCAGCGGUAUCUUUGGGUUCGUUUUAGGUGGAAAUUAUGCUUCCCAACUUGAUCCCAGUGACGGCUGUUCUGGUGCCCUGUUCGGUAUUCUCGCGCUCUACCUGCUGGAUCUGCUUUACGAUUGGCCCCAGCGUGAGUCUCCCUGGGUGGAGCUGAUUAUCAUGAUCCUGGGUGUGGCCGUUUCAUUUGUUCUCGGCCUCCUCCCGGGAUUGGAUAAUUUCUCUCAUAUUGGUGGUUUUAUUAUGGGUCUGGCUAUCGGCUUGACUAUCAUGCGAUCUCCCAACGCCCUCCGCGAACGGAUCGGCCUGGCUCGCCAGCCCUAUGUUGCCAUGAGCGGUGGCGCUGGCCAACAAGAUGCACCCAACCGAAAGACUGUUUCUUUCCUGGACUUCUUUAAGGGCAAGCAAGGACUCACCUCUAGCUCCUCUGAAAACCAAGGUGACAGCAAAGGCCCACUCUACUUCUUCAAGGGACGUAAGCCUCUUUGGUGGUUGUGGUGGGUUGUUCGUGCCGGUGCUCUGGUUGCCGUGCUGGUCGGUUUCAUCAUGUUGAUUGUUGACUUUUACAAAUACCCCAGCUCAAACUGCUCCUGGUGUUACCGACUGAGUUGCUUGCCCGUCAAUGGAUGGUGUAAGCAGACCGGUUUAACGUACACUAGCAAGAGCACUUGA